AUGGUGCCGGCUUUCCUCACCUACAGCCAUUCCCCAUUGCAGCCCAGACCCUUCCCUGGCCCUGAUGGCAUCCCUUGGAAUGAGGAGGAGGAGGACAGGAUAUGGGCACCCCAUGACUAUCCCCCACCACCCCCCUGGGAUGACAGGGAAGAAUUCCAAGGACCUGUGGAUGACUUUGGAGGGGGCUGGCACAUGCAUCAUCCCAGGGGUCCCAGACCCUUCCCUGGCCCUGAUGGCCUCCCUUGGAAUGAGGAGGAGGAGGAGGACAGGAUAUGGGCACCCCAUGACUAUCCCCCGCCCCCCUGGAACGGCAGAGGAUACAUCCAAGGACCCGAGGAGGACUUCACACAGGACUGGUUCCCAGAGCUGGAGCCCAACCCCUGUCCUGAACCACCCGAGGAGGAGGAGCAGCCCCCACCUUGGCCCCCUGCUGGCCCACCAGGGAGGCGAGGAGGGGUCCGGGGCAGGUGGCCCCCCUGGGACUGUCACCGGCCGGGGGGGAGACGCUACCGACGCUUUCGCAGGAGCCACCGGGAGCUGACCCUGGUCUCAUCUGAGAGGGGUCCCAGACCCCCCAGAGGGCACAAAUCGCCCUCCAGGGCCUCUCCUUCCCUCCCCAAGAAGAGCCAGCCGGCAGCCAGGAAAGAGCUGCAGCCCCCCGAUCCUCCCCAGCCACGCGUGUCCCCACGAGGUCCCGUGGAGAGGCCGGAACAGACCCAGGACCUACCAGAGGGCAGUGGGGAGGUCCCCAAGACCCCUGAGCCAGCCAGGACCCCUCCAGGGAGCCCGGUCAGCGAUCCCUGCGCUGCAGGGCCGGAGCAGGCGGCUCCAGGGACACCAGCUGAGCCAGGAGCUGAGCAGACCCCUCUGGGCAGCCAGGACCAGGAUCCUUCUGCUUUGGGAUCAGAGCCAAUCCCACUGGAGGAGAACUCUGCCAGGGCAGGGGAGCACCUCAAGGUAGAGCCCUGCAGUCCAGCUGUCCCCGAGGCUGGCACAGGGGAUGGGUCACAUCCCCAGAGCCCAGCAGCCCCUCUGGAUCCUGCUGAGAGGGCCCAGCCGGCACCCAGCUGCUCUGGAGAGGCGGGUGCUGAGCUGAGCCCGCGUUCCCCGGGACAGCAGCGUUUGCCAAGCGGAGCUGGAGAAGCCGAGGCAGAAGCUGCCGGUGAUGGGGUGGGUCUGAGCGCAUGGGACAGCUCUGUGGCGUGUCCCCCUCCCCAGCUUCUCGUGAGCCUUCAGCCACCUGAAGACUCUCAGGUCCCACCAGGACCUGUGGCAGAACCUGAUGCACAGCCCAGCCAGGCUUGUCCUGAUAGCUGCACCUCACCAAGGACCUCACCAGGGCCCCAGCAUCCUCCUGGCUCCAGUGAGACAAACCUGGUAUGGG